GUUUCCCGCCAAAACCGGUAUAUUUCCUCAUAAAUCUCGCGGACGCUACAAAUCCUUCCCAUUUUUACGCUCCGUACUAGCGAGCUUCAGAGCAGCGAAAUGGCGACUUCACCUUCUCAGGCGGAUGCCGAGCUUCCUCUUCUUCUUCUUCCUCCUCCUCCUCCUCCUCCCGAAGCUGAAUCGGUGCUUUCUUCUGUCGUUUACGAUAUGUCACUGAAGGUACAGACAGCAAUGGAGAAUAUGCUGAAGAUGAUUAAUGAAAUUGAUCAGAACUCUGUUGGAAUAACGGAAGAGAUAGAGAAAUGCAAAGACUCCACUCUUGAGAGGAAGAAAGUCUUGGAGGAUGAGAAGGAACGAUUCCAGAAAGCUGCCUACACUGUUUUGGAGAUGCUCAAUAACAGAGACUAAAAACUGUAAGCUCAAUUCUUUUUGUCCUUGUCAUUGUGUGAAACUGUACAACAUACUAUAUCUUUAGAAUACAUCAUAGUUACUCUGCUGUUGCUCGAUAAGAUUGAAAACUAGGAAAACUGUACUAUAAACAUUUACGCUCAAGAUCCGACCCAGUCUCUUAUACAUAGGCAGAUGCAGUGGGGUGGCGACUGUUCUUUCUGCAAUAUGAUAUGUACAUCACAUGAGUAAACAAAUAGUUAGGUU